CCUGGAUUGGAACAGAUUCGCCGCGAGUUCGCCGCACCGACUCCCCACCCGGCCGCCCGAAGCGACGUUCCCAUGGCGCCGCAUGCCCCCCACGCCGCCCACGGGCGACCUCCGCAUCCCGGGGCGUUUCCAGGGCUGGACGCGGAGGCGGAGUGGGGACCGGAGUCGAGCAGCGUGGAGGACGACGAGCCCGAGCUGCUGGACGCCGAAGAUCUCAGCUCCGUGACGGAUGGCUCGGACGAGGAGGACGAGUUGCACCCGCCGGAGGGGUGGCGGGGGAGCCUGUACCGGCGGCACUCGCCGGUCAAACCGGCCCCGCAGGCGCCGCGAUACCGUACACACUACCGCAAGCAGCCCAGCAAGAGCCGGUCGGCGUCGAAGCAGGGGCGCCGACGCUACCCGGGGGGCGUUGUGGACGUGGUGCCGGCAGACAGCAAGCACGGGUCGCGGCGGACGGCCAAGGGGGGCAGCCGGGAGCUCCUGCCCCGACCAGCGCGACCGACGGUCAUCCACGGGCCUGUUAGUUCCGAUGACUUGGAUCUAGCGCUGGUGGAGGACCCGUUCCGCGGGGGGCGGGCCCGGAACGACAUUCGCACCCGCAUCCUGGACGAUCGCGAGGCGCGCAUCGAGCGACGGGAGAAGAUGAUAGACUACCGGACGCGACUGCUGGACGACCGACUGAGCGAGCGGUUGGACGACCGACUGGACGAGCCCUCUUACCUGGGUCGUAGCAUGUCCCUGCGCGAGCCGACGUCCUACCACCCGUCCCGACGAUAUAGCAGCUAUCUCCCGGGGGGGCUACAUUGAGUGCCCACUUUUUCCCACCCCCGUCCGGGAGACGGUGCUCCAUGUUCUCAUUUCUCCCCCAUGUCUUCUUUUUUAAUUUUAAUUUUUUUCUUUUCCUGUCUCAUCUCCGGCGUUCCGACCGGAUUCUCUUCUCGUUCAUUGGAUCGCGGGGCGUCUGUGGGGGAGAUUCUUUCCGAGGGUUGUAGGGUCUUUCCGGGAGACUUGUGGGGAACCCGGAACGAUGGCGUCAUAGGUUGGAUAUCAUCUUUGAAUCGGGGUAACAUGAAUGAUCAUGAUGAAGCUGGAUCUGACGGUCGACAAGAUGUAAUCUGUACGUGUA